AAUUCAUUCGGUUUUUGUUUCCACACAUUUUUAUAAUUUAGCCUUUUGCGAAGUUUUAGUUCACACUUUAGGUAACUUAAAAAAUCUGAGGGAAAACAAUAAAAACGGAAAUGUGAUUAACUGAGUAUUUGCUUCAAACUCUACUUUUCUAACCUAACACUUGAUAAUUCAGAAUUGUUGAGGACACACAAUUUUUGUCAAGUUAAAAAUUGUAAAAAAAAACCACCUCAAAAUUUCUCGUUUAUUUCAGAAAAAUGUCUGUAUCUACGAAGAAUGAGCGUCUGGUCUGCCAGCUGCCCGGGUGUAAAACUACUCACAAAGAUGUUCAGUCCGCACUCGAGGAAUACCUGGAGGGGUACUGUACGAAAUGCGCGAAAAAAAGAGAUGGGACAUUGUGUGGCUGCUCUUUUCCUUGUAAUCUUACAUUCAAAGGUCAGAUGUUGGAGAAAAUUCACCAGCUUAUCGGUCAGGAGGUGGCUCAAGGGGUCAAAUCCAUUCAGGUUUGCUUCAAGCACCCUGAGUUACUAAAGCUGGCCAGGGAGUCCUGUAUCGCUACCCGGAGCACAGGUUCAGAGGAACCAGACCAGACUGGAGAUAAGAAGAAGGAUGGGUUGGAUAGGUUUGAGGACGGAUCCAGGUUCUCCAAGGUUCAGAGUUUAAAGACUGUUAAGAUAAAUCAAAACUGCUCAGUGAUGAAUCUCAGUUCCAAUCUUCUAACAGAUGCAAAGAUACGAAUGGAUAUUAGUGAGGAUUUCUCCAUACUACCAGAACCAGAUCACAGGGAGUUUUUGAGACAAAUAGAGAGCCAAGGAGAUAUUUUGGGAUCCAGGGACUGUACUGAAAAUAUGACUGGUAUUGUGUACACUGAUGAGGGAGGACAAGAGCAAAGUUUGCUGGGGAAGCUUGUUUACACAACAGAUGAAACCGGCUCUGGAAAUAUUAUUCUCCAGGAGGUUGGAGUAGAGGGUAUAGAGGGAGGAGUACCAGGACGGAUUAUGAAAAUACAACUUGGAGAAAUACCUAACUUUGUCCUGGAACCUGAAGAUAUGACGACAGAGGAAAGAGAGCUACGUGAGAGUUUAGUUUCCGGACUUCACGAGAACAUGAACCUCAACAUGAAACCUCAUGAUAGUAUUCUCCCAGAGGAUACUGGAGGUCGGACUAUUCUCCCUGAGGAGUCCGGGGGAGCAAAUAUACUGCCGGAGAAUACUCAAGGUCGGAGAAUACUCUCGCAGGAGCCUAACUUUCGGAGGAGAAAACUUCAAGAUCUUUUAGAACCUGCUACAAAUAAUAUUAGUCUGCAGCAUACUGGUUUAAAUAGACGGAAGCUUGGAGGAACACCACAGAAGGGGCAACAAGCAUCUAGAACUAUAAAGAUCAGUAGAAAGCCAACUCCGGGUCCAACCUGGAACCCUGAGCUGCAGAACUCCGUUCUGGUAAGAUUGCUAAACCCGGAGAAGGAAAACCUGCUCCCGGAGAAAGUGAACCUUCUCAACCAGGAGAAGGGACCCUUUCCAAAUACUUUAAAGAUACAGUACAAGGAGUUUGAGGAGAAAUUGAUUACCUCCCAGAUCCCAUCUCUACUCUCACAUGGAGAACUUUGUGAUGUCCUACUCAUCUGCUCAGAUGGAGAGAUGUUAGCGAGUGGAAUGGUACUGGCAUCGAUAUCUCCAUUUCUUAAAGAUCUUUUUCAUUCUGUUCCUAGGAUAGAUAAUUAUAGGGUUGUUAUACUCCCUGACUGUUUUACGAUCUCUAAUAUGUCUCUGCUUAACCGAAUAAUAUUCCAGGAUGUUCUUGAUGAUGUAGAGAUAAAUGAUCUGGACAAUUUAAUCUCUAUUUCUCAAACAUUACAAUGUCAUCAAAUAGCGGAAUUUUGUGAAUCCCGAAUCAUAAGUUUAACGACGGAUAUGAGAUUAGAACUGGCAACCCCACCCGCAGAGGUUGCAGCAGAGGAAGUGGAGGAGGAGGAGGAAGAGGGUAGGAUGAAUCAGAUGAACCAUACAAUCGUUAUAGUGGACCAGGACGGGGCUCCGAGAAGACUCAGAGAAGGACCUGAACCUGAAAUGGGACCUGGAUCUGGACUAGGGAAGAAGAGGAAGAAAACUAAGGGAACUGAAUCUCCACUAACUACUCUUAAAAUAGACAAGACCCAGUUGAAUGCUGAUUAUCUGGAUGAUAAAGGAAUAGUUCGUCUGGCAAGUAGAGACGAGAUGGCGCUACAUUACUGUAUUCUUUGUGAGAAAAAAUUCAAAAAGUACAACCAGGCUAUAACUCACUACAAAAGCCAACAUUUACUUGAAGCCAUGCUGUCAUGUGAUGUCUGUGAUCAACUGUUUAAAGAUAUGUUUAGCUGCGUCAAACACAAGCACGAGGUGCACGGGGACUUUGAGAGGAACCUGCAGUGCUACCUGUGCAUGGAGGUGUUCUACUCCAGGUUCAGACUAUGCUCACAUGUCAAGGAGAUACACAAAGAAGUAUACUGUGAGAGUAUCUGUAAGACCUGCGGCAUGAAAUUUCCUGCUGAACACUACUUAACCCUGCAUGCCGCGGAAGAUCAUACAAAGGAAUCCAACUCUUGUAACAUCUGUGGGAAAACGUUUAGUGGUAAACGGUAUGUGACGAUGCACAUAAAGAACAGCCAUCAGAUGGGAGGAAAAUUUGAUUUCCAGUGCAAAUAUUGUUUCCAAAGCUUUCAGCAUAAGAAAACACUCAUCUACCAUUGUAUAAAGCAACAUAAAGAAGAUAAACCUGACGGUAUUUUUGAGGAAUGUUCGCUUUGUGAUAAAUUCUUUAAGAGAAAAGGAGAAUUGAAACAGCACAUGAAGAGAAAACAUAAACAACUUGAGUUCCAAAAUUGGUGAACAAGGAUGGAAUAGAAAACUUAUAUAAUUUAUAUAAAUAUUUUUAUUUUCAGAUCAAAUGGAGAAAAUUGUCGCCCAUAUAUGUACCUAGAUUAUCAUUAUAAUUGAAUGUUGAAUAAUAAAUAAGAUUUUUAUUUUAUUUUCAAUGAUUUAAUUUCAGA